UUGUCACCUUGUCUAACCCCGCCUCUCUUCUUCUUCUUCUUCUCCUUCUUCUUCUUCUUCUUCUAUCCACCUCUUCCUCCUCCUCCUCCCCUCUUCUUCUGUUGCCGGGGCAAUGAAGGCUCUGAACAAGAAAGAGCACCGGGACUCUGAGAGCCCGGACCCCGAGGAGCCCUUCUCCCUCACGCCCCGCACUGAGGAGAAAUACAAAAAAAUUGACGAGGAGUUUGAUAAAAUGAUGCAGAACUAUAGGCUGUCAUCUGCCCUCCCGCAGCCCACCUUCUCCAUGCCCGUGACCGUGCCCGUGUCCAACCAGAGCGCCCCGCCGCCCGCCGCCCUCCAGUUCAGCAACAGCCCGGGUGGCGCCCUGGUCAGCACCGCCUCCUACGUCACCUCCGCCCUCACAGACCCCCGCCUCCUGUCGCCGCAGCAACCGGCCCUGCAGAGGAACGCCGUCUCCCCAGGACUACCACAGCGACCCGCCAGCGCAGGUGCUCUCCUUGGAGGAGAUCUGGGAAACUCCAACGGGGCGUGUCCUAGUCCAGUCCCUAACGGCUACAUCAGUGCCAGGGCGUCGCCGGGCCUGCUGUCAGUCUCCAACGGCAACAGCCUGGUCAAAGUGGUCCCGGCCAAAUCUCCUCCCCUUCCCAAUCCUCAGAUGGUCAACAGUCGCAAGCCGGACCUGAGGGUCAUCACCUCGCAGGGCGGCAAGAGCCUCAUGCAGCUGACAGAAGAAGAGCUGGAGCUGGUGAGCGAGAAUGCUCAGCGGCUCGGCGGCUCGCAGGUUCCACAACCACUGACCACUCCCGUGGUUUCUGUGGCCACUCCCAGCCUCCUGGCGCCUUUCUCCGGCAUGCAGACCCCCUACAACACUGAGUACCAGCUGACGAGUGCAGAUCUCACCGCGCUGCAGACGUUCACGCCACCGGGUCUGGUGCCUGGCAACAUGGCUGCCUGGCAACAGCAACAGCAGCCCGCCGUCACCCAGCAACAGCAGCCGCAGAUCAGCCUGGCGUCGCUCACCAACUUGGUCAUGUGGGGUGCAGACAAGCAGAGUGUGGAGAUGGCUAACUGCAUCUCCAACAUUGCUGCUAACCUCAGGCCGAUGGCGCCCCUCCCCCACAGCACGGCGCUGACCGUCAACACCAACCCACACGUCAACAUCAAGUCCGAGCCCGUCUCGCCCAACCGGGACCGCAGCACUCCCGGCGCCACCGCCGCCGGGGGGGCCCAGAUGCAGGGGCAGGGCGUGGCUGGGGUGUCCUACGGCCGCUCGCCCGUCGACAGCCUGAGCAGCAACGGCAGCUCGUACGACGGCAGCGACCGCGACGACGGCGCCCUGCGUGGAGCCGGGGGCCCGGACUUCCACCACCAGCCCGGCGCCGCCGGCCUCCUGCAGCCCACCAUGGUCCUGCUCAGGCCCGCCUCCACCGAGCCCCAGGACCAGGACGGCGCCAACGUCAAGAGGAUGAGGCUGGACGCCUGGGUCACAUAAGGGGAUGAACUCGAAGAACUGGUCUCCACACGCACACACUCACACACACACUCACACACACUCUUGUAUUUCUGACCUUCUUGACACCUGAGAAAAAAGCUUCCCUCUUUAGGACAAGCCUUUCUAGAUAAAUACAGAUGUGUAUUUACAACAUUAAUAAUACAUACAUACAAUCCAAAUAGAGAAAAAUUUGUUGGAUUUUCACAAGAAAAAGGUCACAAUUUCACAAGAAAAACAUCGAAUUUUGCCGGUAUUGUUAAUAAAAGUCGUCAUUUUACUCGACGCAAGUCAAAAUUUGACAAGAAAAACUGAACAUUUGUGCGAUGUUAUGAUAAACAUUGGAAUUUUACUCAACAGCAGUCGCAAUUUCACAAGAAAAAGCUUAAAAUUUUGGCAAUUUUGUGAAAGGAGUCGUAAUUUUACUCGACAAAAGUCACAAUUUUAUAAGAAGACUUUCAAAUGUCGGCAACAAUAUAAUAAUGAUCGGAAUUUUACUUGGCAAAAUGAUGACAAAAGUCAUCAUGGCACUAUUUUACUAGAACAACAACAAAUUUGGCAAUGUUGUGAUAAAGGUCAGAAUUUUAUAUGACAAAUGUCACCAUUUUCCAUUAAAAAGUAAUCAUUUUACAUUUAAGAAAAGUAAUAAUUUUAUGAGAAAGUAUUGCAUUACGGAAACAGAAAAAAUAUGAGAAAUUGUUCGCAAUUUUAUAAGAAAAAUCGUGAGAAAAACACUGAUUUUAGUUAAAUUUUAGGGAAUUGUUUUGUUUGUAAUUGGUUAUUAUUUACUUUAAGUUAUUAAACUAUGUCUCUAUAUUCAUAUUUAUUUAUUUUUUAUUAAUUUUGGCCAAAGGGUGCGAAUUUCAAUUUCUUCCACACACUUAUUACAUACGUUGGCCAGAGGGGGAGCACUUAAAAAAAUUGUUUAAACACACUUGUCAUUUCAUAUGUUGACAUUCAACUAUUUUGGGACCACCCUCAUUUUGAUAGAUAUCACCACCAGGGGGUGCAAAUGAGACAUUCUCUAUUUGAUGCAAUGGUUUUCAGUAUCGGGGACCAUGAUUUUGGUCCUGACUUGAUCACUUCUCCUCAUAUGGAAGCUACUUUUCCUUGUUGAUGUCUCAAGAAGGGUAGAAAUACAAGAACACACGCAUGCUAACAUCUACACUCGUGUUUCCUCACACAGACCUCGACACCAGAACCACAACCAGACCGCGUCUGGGGCGUCAUUCGAGUCUUUUAGCGGCCGCGUAGGACCCCUGACAGGCAGGACAAACAUUUCCCAGCAUGCUUUGCGUGCACCGCUUUGCAUGUCAAUGGCGAGUCGGACUGAGGGUCCUGAUUGGACCUGGCUGGAACAGUUUGUCGCCGCGCGGAAAUCAGGGAUGUGUGUGUGUGUGUGUGUGUGUGUGUGUGUGUGUGUGUGUGUGUGUGUGUGUGUGUGUGUGUGUGUGUGUGUGUGUGUGUGUGUGUGUGUGUGUGUGUGUGUGUGUGUGCGUGCGUGCGUGUGUGCGCGCGCGCGCGCGUAAGGUCCUUAGGUCAGACUCGAUGUCGGCAAAGUGAAGCGUGUCGGGGCGUGUACAUAAACAAUGUUGUGGCUUUGCGUGUGUGUUGAAAAGUUUUAUUGAUAAUAAUAAUAAUAAUAUUCCUAAAUGACGUCACAGGGAUUGUACAUAGCAGCUCAGUAUUUGGCAGGAAGCAAGACAAGGCAGAUUCUCAGUGGAAACUCUUUUCUUAUCGUUGACUUAUUUAUGCGUGUACAGAAUAGUGUCAUGCGGUUGAGCAGCCACCAGAGGGCACCGUGGGGACAGAAAAGGGAGGAGUUUUUUAGUCAGCGAUGAGGAAGUGCACUUUACCUUCACACACUCACACACACUGUACAUGUCAGUACACUUCAGAUGUUGCACUUAUUCUCCAAACUCCUGAACUUUAAAUCAGGUUUUAAUUUGUAAUAUUAAAAAAAAAAAAAAACAUCAAAUGUAUGUGGCCACGAAAGUCCCACACUCUAAAAAUAUCAUUUUCUUGACAA